UUUGGUAUGUAAAAACUAAUAUGGCCGCCUUUUUAUAAUGAAAAUUUUCAGGUUUUUCGUCGCUAGUUUUUGUUUUUGAAAUGUUCAGUACGUUUUUUUGAACGUUUGUUAGAGUUGAAUGGCCAAUGUCGAGGCUGUCUCCUCUUCUGUUGUCAGAGAAUAUCUAAGUAGAAAGGGUUUAAAAGAAACUUUGGCUAUGUUAGACAGAGAAUUACCUAGAACUCAAAAUUGCAUCAACAAUCGUGCACAACUUGCUAAAGAACUUCAUAUCAAUACAUUGAUGAAGAAAAACAAAGAAAGUGAGAAUAAUUAUCGAACUAUGCUUGAAGUUAUUAUUCAUUUUAUGAUCUCAAAAUCUUGGCAGCAAAAGUUUGAUAGCUUUUCAAAGCCUUCUUCUCCAAGCACUUUUAGAACUAAUGGAAAACAUAACACAGUACCUCCUUGCAAAGCCAAACAAAACAAGACAGAAAAUAAUAUGGUAAAACAUGAAAGUGGCAAAUCAAAAGAAAUCUGGAAAUCUGAAUAUCCCCCUAAAUGUAGAGAAGGUCAAAACUUGAUGGAAACUGAUGGAAAUAGAACUUCAUCUGGAAAAGAUUUAGCAUUAAGUAUAACAGACAGACAUAAAAGAAUAUUGAGACAUGACAAUCAAUGUAAUCUUCAUGAUGGUGAAGACAAUUUCUUCUCAAACAGAAUAAAACCUGAGGAUUGUUUUUUAGGUGAUGGAACCAACCUUACCCCUGUUAAGACCAGAACAGCAACUACGGAGGGAUUGUCUGGGGAAAAAAGUGAUGUUACAAACAUAUUCAGUCAAGAACCUAGUGUAAAAAUGGGUGUCUUGUUAAAUAACACUUCCACAAUUAAAAAUGCAAAUGCAAAGAAAACCAUGUUGAAAUGUGAUGCUCCUGGAAGUGUAAGAAGCACAGGCCUUCGUGAUACAAGGAAGGAUGGGAACAAAAGAAUAAAACCAAAAUAUUUUGUGGAAGAAUUGAAAGACAAUCAAGCUGCCAACUUAAUAAAUUAUGAUAAGUCUAGUGGGAAUUUUGAAAAGAAUUUGUUAGAUGAUUUUAAACAGAGUUCAUAUGUUCAAAGAGGAAGAAAUGUUGAAAAUGUGGAGACACUUCAAACAAUGAACAGGAAAGAAUCAGGUGAAGAAGAACCUAGUUGGAAGAAAGCCAUAAUGAAAGAAACAAGAAAGAAUACAUUCUCUCCUAACUUGAAAACCACAAAGAAUGAUGAUCUCAUAUGUGAAGAUGUUGAUGAAAUUGAUGAAUUAGAUGGCCUUCACUUUAAUACUAGCUUUCAUAAAUCAACAAUGUCUAUAGUCCAGUGUCAUCCUGUAACAUUACAACAAGCCAAGGAUUUAAAGACAAUUGUGUUUGGUUCAUCAAGCAGCAGUUUUAACACUGAGUGGAGAAAUCAAGGAUUUUCAUUUUGCCAUUUAGAACAUUUAAAAUAUGGAAUUGUGCAACACAAGGGUGGCCCCUGUGGUUUACUGGCAUCUGUUCAAGCUGUUGUUUUAAAACAUUUAUUGUUCCCUGACAAUUUGUCUUCUGAUAACAAAAAUUUAUAUUUUCCAUCUGAAGAAGUACAGAAUGGUUUGUGUUCAGCUUUGGUAGAAAUACUUUGGAGAGCUGGCAGUUACAAGACCGCUGUAGUCUGCUUACAUUCUGAAAAGGAUCACUUUUUACCAAGUGGAACAUACAAAGCUGACAGACUCACUGAAAAGCUCAUCAUCUUUGAAACCAAAGAAUUUGAGGAGUUGGAAAUGUUCAUAAAAGAAAAUUUAAAACAGUUUUCCAGUAAAGAUGGUGGGUGUAUUCUGCUCUUAUACUCUGUGAUCUUGUCAAGAAGUGUAAAGAGGGUAAAGGAAGAUAUGGAUGAUGAAAAUGGAACAUUGAUGGGUGCUCAUGGAUAUUGUACCCAGGAUAUGGUCAACCUGCUUCUUACUGGAAAAGCAAUUUCUAACACAUUUGAUGACGUUAUUCAACUUGACACUGGAGGAGAUAAAAAGAACAUCCUGAAAGGCAUAGAUAAACAAAGUGAUAUUGGACUAUUGUCAUUGUUUGAACAUUAUAAGUCUUGUUUGGUUGGUUCAAACUUGAAGAAUCCAAAAUAUCCUAUCUGGGUUGUCUGCAGUGAGAGCCACUUUAGCGUCAUAUUUUCAACAAAAAGAAAUCUUGUUAAUAAAAGGAGGUCUGUUAAGAAAUUUGAUCUUUACUAUUAUGAUGGUUUAGCUGGACAGACGGAAGAAAUACGUUUAACUAUUGAUUUAUGUGAAAAAAAUGUGAAAGAAGCAACAGACGAUGAUCUAAUUCCACCUCUGGAACACUGCAUAAGAACCAAAUGGAAAGAUGCGGUUAUCGAUUGGAACGGAACUGAACCAUUGUUAUGAUGAACAACAAAAUAUAUGGACGUUUUAAAUAUAUCUCAUGAUUA